CCAUCAACUCGGGCACAGCACGUAGUGCAAUGUUGUUUCAGGUAAAUCGCCUUCUUAUUCUUAUCACAAAAGUAAAUGUUCUCAGUAUCUCGGUAUUAGUUGCGGCUAUGUUGCGGCAUAUCUUGUAUCUUAUUGUGUGAUGAUUUUGUUAACUUUGUGAAAUUCUUCCGUAAUUCGACUUUUUUCAUAAAAGUUUUCUCAUUAAUCGUUUCGUGUUAUGAAUUACAUUUUAUUGAAAUUUUAAAUAGUGUGUGUUUUUUUGUGUUGGAGAAAUUGCGCCCAAGAAUAAAUUAUACCAGAUGUAGAUACAAUGGUUGUUAGGUGCUACAGAAGUAGAUGCUCAGCUGCGGUGUUUAGUGCAUUUUACAUAUUGCUGUCACUUCAAUGCAUGGUUUCAUCGUUUUCCACGAAGGCCAGACUUAGAGAAGAAAGCAGCGUUAGUAGGAAACCAAUUUAUGUCAUAGCUAAUUCUGAAAACACAAGCGAGCAACCGCAACUGUACACGAGACACAGGCGGAAACUGCCGGCCGAAUCAAAUGACCAGUUAAAUGCCCUCGACGAUGAUGUCCCACUGCAGGAGUAUCAAGGUGUAUUCGGACGUCCAGGCAUCGACUUUCCGGUUUUAUCAAGUAUUCCGGUGACAAAAUUCAAUUGCAGACAUGUGAAAAAUUCCAACACCGGAUAUUACGCUGACACCGAUACAAAUUGUCAAGUAUUCCACGUAUGCGAUGCAGGCCGAAAGAUAUCAUUUUUAUGUCCCAACGGUACGAUUUUCCGACAAUCGCAUCUUAUCUGUGAUUGGUGGUUCAGAGUAGACUGUGAACGUUCUCCGGAACUAUACGACCAAAGUGUGCAACAACUCGAGGCCGAUCAAAAUGUCCACAACAAUAAACAACGCGUCGAAAGUAUCGCCAACGCCAUGCAAAACGCCGUAAAUAACAAAAACUCCAACGAUUUUCCUGUGCUUUUAUCGUCACCAGCCCCCGUAACCAAUGCAUUCAAAGAAAUUUUCAAUUCCGAAAGUGACCUACCAAACAGAAAUGGUGGCAAUAGUCAACGGAACACUUUAAGACCGCAGAAUUAUCAAUCGAGUUCAGAGCCAGAAAAUCGUAAUAAUUUCAAUGCGAUUACGUCGCCUCCGCGACCCAGCAGUUUUAACGCCAUUAGUCCAACGUUUACCACCACUGAGUUACCUUACAUCAGUACGCGAUUGCAAAGUAGCGAAAAUACGAAACCAAAUUCCGGUGCUACAGCAAGUUAUACUUUUGUUACCAGUACAUAUAAGCCUGAUGUGACUCCAUUAAUUCAUAACUUUUUGCCACCUAAUGAUCCUGGUGAAGGUUUCAGAGAGCAACAAGUACUCGCUGAAACCGCCUCGUUUGCCGGAAGUGGUAAAUUCCCGUUUCAAAAUUAUUACUACAUGUUGAACUAUGUUAAACAUCCGAGUAAAGAAAAUACUGCGAAUAAGGCAAGCGAAUUUACCACGUCGAACCAAGGUAUCGAAACCACUCAAUAUCAGACCGAAUCGUAUACCGAUAAUGACGAAUCAUUUAGGACUACAUUCUAUCCUAACAAUGCUGAAUUCCGCGACUCGAACUUCUUGAAUACGAAUAACAUCACUGAGAAUGAUAACAACUCUUAUUCAUUGUAUUACUCGCCUACCAACGAAGGUAUAAAUUCUUUCGGAACCACGUUACCAGAUGAAUUUCGAGACGUUGGCUCGUCUCUCUCAAUAAAUGACGUUUCGAAACCGCAAGUUUCCGAAUUCAUCUUGAAUUCGCAAUCGAAUUCAGAAUCGAAUGGUGAAACGCCUACCGAGCAGAAUCUGCCCUUGUUGACCAACAUGACUCAGGAAGCAUUCAAUCAGCUGUUCCCUAAAGACGAAAAAGUAGCUGAACAAUCCAACACGACGAGUAUCUUCCGUAAUUCUGAUUUAGCUACAGAACAUUCCAGCGGUAUUGUUCAAUCCGAUGCUCAAAAACCUCAAAAACAAGAAAUCCUCUCCAAUACUCUGCAAUUCAAAAGUUCACCCGAUCUGAGAGAGUUGGCUCAAGUAUUUAGCAGAGCUUUAUCGGCCUAUCUCGAGAACCCGGAACAGUUCAGGAAAAUAUUAUCAGAGGUUAGACCUACGGAACCACCUUCGACAAAUGAUAACGCAAACGGGGAAGCGUCUUCGAUCGACGAUGAAGUGUUGGCAUUCUCCGAAGAUGUAGGAAUGAAAUCGACACCCUUCCCGGUAAAAUCAACGGUGGCUAAGAAUACCAAUAUUCCUAUCGAUCGAGUCACAUUUACUACGCCUGCUCCUGUCAAGAGUACGAUCAAGGAUCCUGAAACGUUCGCUGAAGAAAUAAAUAACUUUAUGUUUGCCGAUCCUCAUAACUUCCUUGGACAUUUGGAAAGCAACGAGUUUAACGUUAACGAAACUUACUAUCCGACACCUGGACAUCCUUCCAAUAUAACAACGUUGCCAACAACUCGAACGCAAUUUACCGUGUCGCCCUUGCUCGACUUCACUAAAAAUGUGACCAGAUUUUCGCCGUCGACUUCAUUUACCGAAGCUGCGUCCACCGUUUCGACCACAUUCCGCGGUAUACCCAAGAACGAUAAUUUGUACACCGAUUUAAAACCGCAAUCUAAUCCAGAAAUUGGUCAAUCUUUAUCUGAAAAAGAACAUUUUAUUACCGCCGACACACAAUCGUUCGUUUCGAGAGAUAAUUUGUUGAGAUAUCAGAAUAAUUUCAAACCUUCUCAGAAUAUAAAAGCACCCGAUACGACUCAAAAUUUCAAACCGUCGCCAGCCAAUCAACUGCCUAGCGUUUCGCAAACUAAAUACGAUUCCGAUUACCAAUCGAUCAAAUCGUCUAAAAAUAUGCAAUUCGGAAUGCGAACAACCUCCGUUACUAGAGCUCCUUUUGUAAGUUCUAGAGCAGAUUUCUCAUCGUCGACUCCUUCAAAUACGCUGACUACUAAAGCAUUGCCUACCUCUAAGGCAACCACCUACCAUCCGGAAGCUCGUACUACGCAAAUUUCCACUUAUCCAACCAUCAAUAAUUACCAACAAUCUACCGCAAAUUCUGUUCUUGAUAAUAGAAACUCUAAGAAUUAUAACAGUGAUACUUAUAAAGAUAUGUCGCCUGAUUCGGGGCAUUUCAACGAAACAGCCAAAGCGUUGAUUAAUAUGAUGGAAGAAGCGAAAUCAAACAACGUUUUACGCCAUCAGUUAGUUUUAUUGUUAGUUAACGAUAAAGGCUUACCUACUGAAAAUAAAUCAGUCAAAGAAAUGAAAUCAAAACUAUUGAAAGCUCUACUUAAGCCGGCACCUGAUAAAAAUACGCCUAGAAAUUACAGAAACGAUAGUGAAAGAAUAUCCAGAAGUGAUCAUAAUUCGAGUAUAGUUACCCCAUUGCCUACCAAAGCUCGAAAAGAACGAGUGGUGGUGCAUAAACACAAGGUUUCAUCGCCGAACCCUCAAACGACUGAUUCUAUUUCUAAGUCAACAGCUUCCAGUUUUCAAACAACCAGAAGCGAAAGAUCCACCUCUAAGCCGGUGGUAGUAGCGGCGCUAACUGGUGCUAACGAAACUCCCGAAUUAUCAGAAUCUGAUAGCAGAGCUGUGGAUUUAUUAAAGUCGUUGUAUACGAUAGCGUCAAACAAUUGGACUCAUUAGUCGAAUUAGAUUUUGUUGCGAUUUUAUUAGUUCCUAUGUGAAGAAAUGAGCUACACUUUCAAAGUUUUCAAACCAGUAUUGUUGCGAUCGAGGAUGACUCGAUAUUAACGUACCUACCUAAGUAAGUACAUAAUACAUAUGUACUACAAUUAAUUAGAAAAAUUACCAACUAUUGUUUUAGUCGUGUUUUCGAGUUUCUUUACACGUGUAUGAUUUGUUACCUUAUAGUUGACGCAUUAUAUUUUGUAUUUAUUAAUUGAAAAAAGUGCCUUAUUAAUAAUAAAACAAAUAUACCAAAAUGUGCCUUAAUACGAAUUAGGCUUAAAUUAUUUUGUUUUUUUUUCCUUCCUUCCUUAAGUUAUUAAGUUUUGUAAUUCUUAUUCGUUUAACGAAUCAUUUACUUCAGAUGACUAUAUUUUUUUUCUCGUACUUUUUAUUAUGUUUUCUCGUUGAAAAUGUUAUUAUUUUUUAUAAGAUUUUUAUUAGGUACUUUACAUUUUAUACCUACAGUCGUAUUGACAUGGUUUUCAUAUAUUGCUCAUUAUUUAUUUAUAUUUAGAACAAUUCAAGAGUAAAUAAUCAAAAUCAAAAAUGUAAAUGAAACGUUAUUUAAUUCGUAUUUUUGUAAAAUUCGUGAUUAAAUGUAGACUUAAGUGUAUAUUAUUUACCUUUUGUACUUAUUUCGCUUGACGAGAAUUUUUUAUGAAUGGGUAGGUGAGUAAUUUCAUCUGCAAUACUUAUGUAUUACCUACAUAAAAUGUGGUUUUGAAAAAAAAUCAAUUUGUACUUAUGUUAAUGAAUAUGUACUUCUACUUACCUAUCUAUGCAUUUUUACGAAUUUAUUUUGUGCUUUAAUAAUUUCGUAAGACUAUAAAAAUAUGCAUGUUCAAUAAGUUCUUACAUACCAACACAUUAUUUUUUUCUAUCGAAAUACAUUCCAAAAUACUCCACUCGUGUGCGUAAUUCUAAGUUUUUAUAAAUUUUUGUUAAGACUUCUAUAUACUUGUAUUAUUUACCUGUAUGUACAUAUUGUUACAAAAUUCUUUUUUAUAAAAACCUAUUUCGGGCCGUAAAAAAGGAUAAUCGAAAGAGAUGUUUGCCUGGCAUGCUCCUUACAAAUUUUAUUAUGCAACUUAUUUCUUAGUGGCGUUGAAACUGUAGAAUAACAACCCGCUGUUGCAAUACGAAAUCCGUAUGAGAGAACGUGUGAUGUAGAAUGCAUAUUAUUUCAUGUUUUUUUUAAAAAAAAAUUAUGAUUGUAAUCAACAAAAUAUUUAAAAAAUCAUUUAAAGAUGAUCACAUUUUUAUUCAAUUUAAACUAACGCAAUUUAUGGAUUUUCGUGUUUAAAAAUAAACGUAGGUAGUUACCAUUUAUGGAAAUCCAGAGUACACUCUUCGUUUAUAAAAUGUAGUUUCUUUAUCAGUGAUAGCGAAUUUGAAUUGCCUAUAUUUUUAUUAAAUGGAUAAUUUUGUAUUUGUAUGUACAGUAUUGAUACCCUCGCAACAAUUGUUAAAAACUGCCAAUAAGCUACCUAUGAGAAGUAAUUCGAUAGAAAUAUAAAAUUAAUAAUGGUGUACUUUUAUAGCCAAAAUUUUAUUGUUUUUUUUUUGUAAAUAAACUUUGUAAACUGAUUGACUGAA